UUGCUGUGAUAACAGAUAAUGAAAAUAAGAUGAAAAAAAUGAGGGAUUCAAUCAAAGAAACGUAUCCAAAUCUUUUAACAUAUGGGUGUUCUGCACAUUAUUUAAACCUUUUAGAAAAAGAAGUAACACACCCAGAUGUCAUCAAACAUGUGGUUGAAGUGCAGAAAUAUUUUCGUAAUACACAUCAACCGCAUGGAUGGUUGCGUGAGAAAGGAGGGCAUAUGCCUCAGUUACCAAACGAUACCCGAUGGAACUCCCAAAUUGACUGUAUAGAAACAUACAUAAAAAACUACCAAAUUUAUGUAGAAAUAGUAGAUAAUCAUGAUAUACCUAUCAAAAUCAGAAAAAUUAUUGAAAAUCGAGCAAUAUUUAGAGAAGCUAACAGUCUUCAAACCCAACUCAAAAUAUUUGGUGUUGUUUUAGAUUAAGUAUUUAAUUUUUUUAUAUUAAAGUUUUUUUACAUAAUAAGAUUUUGUAGGUGUAAAGGAAAAGUAAUAAAAAUAAAUAUAUUAUGUUAAUUAAAUAAAUUAAAAAUUAAAUUUUUUCUAGAUGCAAAGUGACAGCUGUCACCUAUCCGAAUGUGUUGAGUUGUGGCUCUCACUUCUGAAUAACCCUGAACUAAGUCAUUACCACACAGCUAUCAAAAAGAGAUGUAAUGAUGCUUUGACACCUAUCCAUUAUCUUGCAUACAUGACCAAUCCUCGCUUUUUGGGUAAAAAUAAGUUUUGCUUAAAAAAAAAAUUGUUUUCACACCUAUAUGAUGAUCUGAAUUUUUUUUUUAUAGGCAAAAACCUGCCAAUUGAAAAUGAAGAUGAGGUUGAGGAAUGGCUUUACAAUCAUUAUCCUGAUUUUGUACCUGGGUUGAUUUUGCUUAAAUUAAAGGAUUGUGAUGCAUUUCCUAAAAGGAUGUUGAGUAAUCAAAUUAUAUCAACAAUAUUGUGCAGUGAUUGGUGGUCUAUCAUUAAUCAGAGAAAUGAAAAAUCAAUUCAGAAAAAAUUGCCUGAAGGAUUUUGCAAAUUUAUUUCUAAACUUCAAACGUGCCCUGCUAGCUCAGGAUCAAUAGAAAGAAUAUUUUCUUCAUUUGGUUUUAUUUGGUCAAAAGUUAGAAAUAAAUUAGGAUGUGAAAAGGCUAAAAAGCUUGUGCAAAUAUAUAAACAGUAUCAAAAAUAGUUUAUAGUUUAUGUUUUUACAUUAGAGUUUAUGCUUUUACAAUAUAAAGUGAAUAUUACAUUAAAGUAAAGUUGUAUUUGCAAGAAGUAUACCAAAAAUGUAAAUAGUCUUGUCAAUGUGUAUCUAUUCUAAAAAAUCUUA